AUGUCAGUUUAUACAGAUCUUUGCGAAGCAGAGGGCAAGAAGGAGAAGGUAGUUGGCUGGUACCACUCACAUCCUGGUUAUGGAUGUUGGUUAUCAGGAAUUGAUGUUGCUACGCAGAGUCUCAAUCAGCAGUUUCAAGAACCCUGGAUAGCCAUAGUUGUCGAUCCUCUACGCACCAUGAGUGCUGGCAAGGUUGACAUAGGAGCUUUCCGGACUUACCCCCAAGGAUAUCAACCUCCUGUCGAAGAAGGGCCAUCUGAGUAUCAGUCUAUUCCUCUGAGCAAAAUCGAAGAUUUUGGUGUACAUUGCAAGCAGUACUAUUCGUUAGAUGUUACUUUUUUCAAAUCCGAAUUAGAUUCCCAUAUUCUAUCUGCUUUAUGGAACACUUACUGGUUGAACACAUUGAGCAGCUCCCCUCUUUUGACAAAUGCUGGAUAUAUUAACAAUCAAAUAGGUGACCUAAGCAUGAAGUUAAGACAGGUCGAAAAGAAAUGGGCGCGGUGCGAACGUGCCAAUGACGUUAUUGAGCAGCUAGAUAAGGUUGGACUUUUGCUUUUCUCGCAGUUCGAUUCAGUCUUAACUUGGACCAUCGUUCCACCAAAAUUGUGA